CCGAAAUUAAAACAAUUACAACAAGAUCUGCGAAAUAUUAUUAUUCUUAUUCCAUCAAAUGUACAAAAGACUGAGCUAUCUAAGGAAGAAAUAUGUGCUAAAUCACAAUUGUUUAAGGCGGCUGAAUCAUUAAGGCGGCCAUGGUGUAAAAUUGUGGAAUUGAUGGAAGAUGAUUCUAAGAGUAAAUCUAUGGGGAAAAUUUGUACUGUUAUUAAAGAAACAAUAGAAGAAAUUACUUUAUGUUUAGAUAUAGUAUGCGUCAAUUUUCACCAAUAUAAGGUAUGGGCAAUAGUAUGGAUUAAAAGGAGUCAUUUGUCUCAUAAAAAUUCAGAUUAUCUAGAUCCAGACAAAGCUUCCCUAAUUGCUAUCAGUUUAUAUGAAGACCUUUCUAGGUUCACACUUGCUUUCUAUAAAACAAACUCCUUAAGGACAUGUAUUUGUUAUAUCGAAAAGGCACUCCAAAUUGCACAUAAAACUUCUUGCCAUGAAGGGCUUCUGUGGAUCUCUAAUUCUUAUUAUCGAAUAGGUGCCUUCUAUCAUAACAAUAACCAAGCUCAGCUUGCGAUCGAACCAAUACAAAAUGCAUGUACAAUUUUGGACAAAUAUAUGUGUAAAAUACAACAGACAAGUAAUAGAACUUCAAAAAGCAUGGUGGCAAUUCAGGCACAGUUGAGCAAAAGGUAUGAAGCCUUAGGAGCCUGCUGGAAUACAUUGGGUGAAACCAAGAAUGCUCGUAUUUCAUUUGAGAAUUCUCUUAGAUGUUUUCCGAAAAGUGAAUUAAUUCACCUUUCGGAACUGGUUUCGACACAAGGAAUAUUUUCUGCGUUUCAACAAGCAUCAACUGUUUCAAAGUUAAUUGAACGAUAUAUUAAAUUGUCAUUUGUUGAUGACCUGGACAUCAAUGUUUCAUUGCCACACGAAAUUUUGUUAGGCGAUAAUAUAGAAUUAGCAGGACUAAUGGAAUAUGAAUUGCGUGUGUUAAAAGCAUUUGAGGAUAAACUGAGCGGUUCAAAAGUAGAAGCACUAUUAAUUGAAAAACUAUUG